AUGGUCAUUCCCCACCUCCUCCACGGGAGGGCGCCCCAGGCCCAGGACCCUGUGACAGUGACGAUCAUUCCCCACCUCCUCCACGGGAGGGCGCCCCAGGCCCAGGACUCCGCCGCGCUGGGCGGGGCCGGGUGGAGGGGGGCGGAGGGGGGGACCCCAGGCCAGGGCGUCCUGGGCCCCUCCCGGCAGGACACCACCCCCGACGAGCUCCUGUCGGCCGUGAUGACCGCCGUGCUGCAGGACGUGAACCUGAGGCCGGAGCAGCUGGGGGACAUCUCCGUGGGCAACGUGCUUCAGCCUGGAGCCGAGGCAGUGAUGGCCAGGAUUGCGCAGUUUCUGAGAAAUUUAGGCAGAACCCGGGGCAAGGGGGUGGAGCGAUCCUCAGCUCUUAGCCUCCUAAGUAGCUGGGAUUACAGGCGUGAGCCACGGUGCCAGCUCAUGCUUCACUUUGCUCUUGGGGUCUCUCCCUUGUGCGUAGGGCUGACGGUGAAUGACGUGGACAUCUUUGAGAUCAACGAGGCCUUUGCCAGCCAGGCCCUGUACUGCGUGGAGAAGCUGGGCAUCCCCCCUGAGAAGGUGAACCCCUUGGGGGGCGCCGUGGCCCUGGGCCACCCGCUGGGCUGCACUGGUACGCGCCAGGUGGUCACGCUGCUGAAUGAGCUGAAGCGCCGUGGAAAGAGGGCCUACGGCGUGGUGUCCAUGUGCAUUGGCACCGGCAUGGGGGCCGCUGCUGUCUUCGAACACCCUGGAAACUGAGGCCCUGCUGGUGUUCCUGAACUCCCUGUCCUCCGUGGAGUACGGGACUGCAGCCAUGAU